AUGGUCUCUCCCUCGCAAGUUUACAGAUCCACAAGAUCUUCAACUGAAGAAUCUAAGUCAUUUGAAGAGGUGGUCAUUCAAGGACUAGCGGCUGAUGGUGGUCUUUUUAUCCCUCCCAGUAUUCCAGCGGUGUCGCAAGAGACUCUCUUUGGUAAAUGGGCCAGCUUGUCUUUUCAAGAGCUAGCCUUCGAAAUUAUGAGACUGUACAUCGCAAAGGAGGAAAUUCCAGAUUCUGAUUUGAAAAGUUUAAUUCAGAGAUCGUACUCCACCUUCCGUUCUUCUGAUGUCACACCAUUGGCUAAGAACGUUACAGGUAAUGAAGAUAAUCUCCACAUUUUGGAGCUAUUCCACGGUCCAACAUAUGCUUUCAAAGAUGUUGCGUUACAGUUUGUUGGUAACCUUUUUGAAUAUUUUUUGCAAAGAACAAAUAAAGACCUACCAACUGAGAAGAGAAAGAAGAUUACAGUGGUUGGCGCCACAUCUGGUGAUACUGGGUCUGCAGCUAUCUACGGUUUGAGAGGUAAAAAAGACAUUUCUGUUUUCAUUCUGUAUCCAACAGGUAGAAUUUCUCCAAUUCAAGAGGAGCAAAUGACUACUGUUCCUGAUAAAAACGUGCAAACACUUUCAGUUAAGGGUACGUUUGAUAACUGUCAAGACAUUGUGAAGGCCAUUUUUGGUGACAAGGAGUUUAACUCGAGGCACAAUGUUGGUGCUGUAAAUUCUAUAAACUGGGCUAGAAUUUUGGCUCAAAUGACCUAUUAUUUUUAUUCUUAUUUCCAAGCUACUGGUGGUAAGACAGGAAAGGUCAAAUUUGUCGUUCCAAGUGGUAAUUUUGGAGAUAUUCUUGCCGGAUAUUUUGCUAAGAAAAUGGGCCUACCAGUCGAAAAACUUGUAAUUGCUACAAAUGAAAAUGAUAUCUUGGAUAGGUUUUUAAAGUCAGGUACUUAUGAAAGAUCUGACAAAGUUGCUGUAACCUUAUCUCCAGCUAUGGAUAUUCUAAUCUCUUCUAACUUUGAAAGAUUGUUGUGGUAUUUGGCUAAGGACUAUGAAGCAAAUGGUGAUUCAUUGAAGGCCGGCAAAAUCUGUAACAGUUGGUUUGAGCAACUAAAAACUCAAGGUAAAUUCACUGUUGAUAAGGCUAUCAUUGCUGGUGCCUUAAAUGAUUUUAGCUCAGAAAGAGUUUCUAAUGCUCAAACCAGCGAAAGUAUUAAAAAGAUGUACAAAGUCUCAGUAAAUCCGGAGAAAUAUAUUUUAGAUCCACAUACUGCCGUUGGUGUAUGCGCAUCUGAAAGAUUAAUUGCAACUGACAAUGAUAAAUCCCUGCACUACAUUUCCUUAUCUACUGCACAUCCUGCCAAAUUCGCUGAUGCAGUUAACGCAGCUCUAUCAACUUAUGCAGGUUAUUCUUUCGAAAACGAUGUUUUACCAGCUGAAUUGAAGAAACUUUCAACCUUGAAGAAGAAAAUUAAAUUGGUUGAGAAAGCUGAUAAAGAAUUGGUUAAAUCCGUUAUCGAAGAAGAACUGGCCAAAAUGGAUUUAUGA